GAUUCCACUGGUAAUCCAAUCAGCAAUUGUCAAACUUCCUCUUUCAUAACAUUUGAUAAUCAACAGCAUGCUUAUUUUUCUAAUAUAUUUUUUUAUAAAAUGCAAUUUCCGAGAAAACUAUAAUUAAUAAAUAUAAUAAUUUAUGCCACAAAAAACUUUUUUCUCAGAAAAAUUAUUCCGUUGGAAAUCAAUAAAUUUGAAAAUUAGUGCAAUAAAUAUGUAUAUACAUUAUAUACUGUUAAAUAAUCUGAAAAGUAAAAUUAUAUAAAUUAACAAAUUUGAUUUAUAUAAUUGAUUUCACAAAUAUAGAAAUUAGAAUCAAUUCUCAACAAAACUUCAUUUAAUGUGAUACAUUCGAAAUUGGUUCAACAAUAAUGAUUACAGUUAGUUCUAAAAAUUUGAACUUGAGUUUGUUUUAUGUUAAACAGCAUUGAAUUCACUGAUCGAGUACAGUAAUUCCGCAAUUAUAAAUGAAUUAAACAAAAUAAACACAUAAUUGAAUAAAUAUAAUGUUUCAUCACAACAGGAGAAAAUUGAUAGAUAAAAAAAAAUUUAAUUAUCAAUUCACCUUUCGAUUAUACUGAGAAUUUUAUUACUUAUAUUCAAAUAACUUUAGAAUAGAUAUAUAAUAUCGUCACUUUCGAUCGCAGUGAAAUUUAGUUGCGAAAGCACAUAGGAAGAAUUGAAGAAUCUUAUUAGGUGCAUGUUUAUUAAAGCACGUUGAAGUUGUCAAUAAUAAAUAUAAAUGUAAUUUAUUCAAAGAAAAAUGACAAGAAAUAUCAAUCUAAUCAUAAAAGAUAUUUUAUGUUUUAAGAAAUUUCUCAUAGAAAAACGAUAAUAAAAAAUGUUUCAAUAUGUCGAAAUCUCAGGGAAAUCGUUCUGGUGUUAAUUUAUGAAAACCCCCGGAAGUAAUCAAAGUGUCAGACUUGACUUUUCUCCAUUUUUUCAGUUGCACUGAUACUUUGUUGCAUGACUGAUGAACUAUAAAAAUUUCUAAUCCUUUCAAAUGUAUUUUAUGAAAUAUCAAAUUAAUUGGAAAUGCCAUUUUUUUAUUUUUAACAGAAGACCAUUUUUUAAAUAAGCGAAUUAUAUCAAUAGAAAUUCGAUCGAAGAUGUAUUUUAUGGUACAUCCUGUCAGUGGUGAAUGUUUGUCCACUACUCCAUACAUAAACAUACGUAUAGGUGCUCAUAAGAGACAGGUAAAGUCUCGGUAUCGAGUUAGUGGCAGUCAGUUCUGUUAUAGUAGGCCACAAAGCAGCAGUUACGUUCCUGGUUUCAUGCUCGCAACUCUCUCUUCGUUGGAUUAAGGCUUCUUUGAAGUUGUUCAGUUGAGCUACAAGUGUGAAACUUUGAUGAACUCUAACCGCGUGCAAAAUCAGAGUUAAUUUAUACACAACACAUAAAUCUGUGUAGAGUUAUUGAAAAUGUUUCUAAUACCAGUGGUUACCUGUGAAUGUUUAUAGAAAAAAAUGCAUAAAAUUAUACUUAUGUCAACCUAUUGCUAUGUUGCAGCAAUUAAUUGAGUUAGAAUAUAUAAUAUGAAUCACGCUUAAAUGAAAAUUUACGUUCAAAAAUAUAUAUGUGCUAGUCAAUAAAGAGAGAGGAAAAAUUUACAAACCAAAUAAACUCUAUAAAAGUGUGAACUUAUUUAUGAAAUAUAACAUAAAGUUUUUGUCAGGAUAAAAACUUGAGUAGAUAGAACAUUAAGUGAAAAAGAAGUUCAUUAAAGAAUCUUCGAAUAUACUUAAUUAGUGACAUUUAGUUAGACACAUGUUUCUCAAAUUCAAUUGUGUGGUUCAGGUGACAUUAGCAAAUGACUAUUCAUUAUAUCACCGAUAAAUCGACUCGCAUUCAGCUGUGCGAUGAUAAUUAAACUUUUCUGCUUGCUCUGGUCAUUUUCUUGCCUCUAUUUACUUGGUAAUCCAGUUGCGGCGGAAAAAUGGUCACCUGCGAUCGACGAAUCACUAGAUGAACGUCAUGAUGCUGAAAUCUUCCGAGCUGUAGUGGAGUCAAUGCAUCAAUGGGAGUUACACAAGAAACAUUCAUUUAGGAGCAAAAGAGAAGCAUCAAGAGUAUGCUAUGAAGAUGUGGGGUGUUUUGAAGAUGCUGGACCCUUCAGCUACUUGGAGAUGCUUCCAUCUCCACCGAAAGAUGUUGGUACAAGAUUCUUCGUAUACCAAAGUCGUAAACCAAGAUCAAUAUCUACAGAAGUACCGGCUGAUGACAUUAAUGAAAGAGUAAGUAAUGCUAUUGAUCCUGAACUUCCGACAAAAGUAAUUGUUCAUGGAUUUGGAUCCGAUUGUGAACAUAUUUGGGUGUAUGAAAUGCGGUCUGCACUCAUGUCUGUACAUGACUGCAAUAUUGUUUGCGUUGACUGGAGUCCUGGAAGUGCAAUACCAAAUUAUGUGAGAGCUGCAGCGAACACUAGAUUAGUAGGAAGACAGCUUGCCAAGCUUAUAAAAAGCUUAAAUGUAUCACUUGAUACAGUUCAUAUGAUAGGAUUUAGUUUGGGUGCACAUGUGGCUGGAUUUGCUGGUGCCGAACUAGCAAAUGUGUCAAGAAUUACAGGUCUUGAUCCCGCGGGACCCCUGUUUGAAUCUCAAGAUCCACGGGCAAGGCUAGAUGCCACUGAUGCAAACUUUGUUGACGUCAUACACAGCAAUGGUGAACAACUUUUAUUAGGAGGUCUUGGAUCUUGGCAACCAAUGGGAGAUGUCGAUUUUUAUCCAAAUGGUGGACGAAUGCAGACUGGCUGUUCCAAUCUAUUUGUUGGUGCGGUUUCUGAUUUCAUUUGGUCUGGAUCAACCGUUGAAGGAAGAUCGCUUUGUAAUCAUCGGAGGGCUUAUAAAUUUUUUACGGAUUCAGUGAGUCCAAAAUGCCGGUUUCCAGCAUUUCCAUGUGAAAAAGGUUAUGAUGGUCUUCUUCAAGGCGAAUGUUUCCCCUGCAGCUCAGAAAGACCUUGCGGUGAUAUGGGCUAUUAUAGUGAUACAUCAGAUGCUCGAGGACAAUUGUACUUAAUUACGCGAGAAGAGGAACCGUUUUGUUCCUAUCAAUAUCAAAUAAAAGUAUUCAACAGCCGUGGAGAACGACCAGCUAGAAGUUAUGGAAAGCUUCAAGUUACACUAGUUGGUUCGGAUUCCUUUAAUGAGACUUUCACUAUGACCCGGAAGGAUGAUGAAGAACUCUUAGUCGGAUCUGUUCUUCAUAAAAUUGUUGUACCUCAUCCAGUGAUCGUCAAUUUAGAAGCAAUUGAGGUGAAAUAUACAGCAUACAGUGGCUGGAUAUCGUCAGGACUUGUUUCCUGGAGUAUCGACAAAGUAUCUAUUUUAGACAGCUUUGGUAACAGUCAUUCUGUUUGCCGAAGAGAACUUAUUCUGGAAUCAGGACGUCCAGUCUAUUUACCACUCUAUCCUGGAGAAUGUAACAUUCCGGUUGAAUCAGAAAACUCCACUUCAGUAAAUACCAGCUUGCCCUUGGCAACGACGAAAACAGAGUCACUGGAGAAAGCUUCGAAUGCUGAGACCACUUCCAGUAAUAUUGGUCCGUUCACAAAAGAACAUAAUUUUGAACGAAACGAAAGAUAUACUGCAGAAUUUAUUUCCACUGAAAGUAAUAAUCCAAGAAGAAAUUUUGGCCCUUUUAUAAAAUCACAAAAUUUACAAUUGAAUCCAAAUGACAAUAGAAAUUCAUAUUCUUUUGAAAAAGAUAAUAAGAAAGUAAUAAUUUAUCCUUGGUUUAUUGACGACUUGAAUGAUACCGGUUCAAACUCAGUGGAAACUUCAGAAAUAGAAAGUGGAAGAGGAUUCUCAGGUGCCGAGUAUAUUAUUUCGACAUCUACAAGUUCCGCAACGUCAGUGGAUUCAACAACAACAAUUGAAUUUACAAGUGAAAUUCAAGAACCAGUACUACAAGUCACGAAGUAUGAGACGGGUAGAUCGAUGCGUUUGCCAGAGAUAACAGAACCAAUUUUACGACCACGCACAACAAGACAAAAUGAAAAAGAAGUUCAGGGUAAAGCAAUAAAUCAGGAACUAACAGAAAGGCCAUCAACCAAAGAAGAGGAUAAGGGAUUCACAGUUCAAUUUUUGCCAGAACGUCUUGUAGGAUUUUUGGCACAAGCUGAGAAAUAUGCUAAAGAAACAUUUCUUCCACUUAUUUCACAGUAUACACCAAGUUUCGUUGGCGGUCGACAGGAGAGACUCAAAUACUUUCCUCCACUGACCGAUAUUGCCACAGAAGGAAGCAGUACUAUAGAUGAUAAUUUCUCCUUAGCUUCUACCACUAAUAAAAACAAUCAACAAGAAGUCUUAGACGUGGAAGAAGUAAAAAAUUCAUCCAGAUCUGAAAAGCAAAUUCAUUUUAAUUCUUUUUCAAAUAGUUCUCCAGGAUUUGCUCGAUUGGAAUUAAUAGAAAGCCUAGGGAACAGCACGGAAUCUGAAAACUUAACGAUAAAAUCACAAAGUGAGUGGAUUCCAAUUGAUAAUAAGCAAUCUAGCACAUCAGCAUCAGAUCUAGAAAGCUAUAAUACAUUUAAACCAACCAGAAAUGAUGAAAACACAUGGAUGAACCAAGAAGACAAUAUCGAUAGACCAAGAAAUUUUGAUACUCUAUCUAGAAUUAACAGUGAAAAUGAUUGGGUGCCAAUAAUAGAACAGACAAAGAUAAAUAGUUUUGAUGUUGAUUCAAGUACCAAAGAGGUAUUUACUACGACAGAAACAAUAGAGGCUUCUAAAUUAGCUGUAACUAAUAGGGAAGUUGAUAAGAGGAUUAUUCCUCACUCUGAUAAUAGUGAAGCUCAUGAAACGUUUACCGCUCCUUUAGUAGCCAAUGAUAAUAAAGAGACUACAUCAACUGAAACAACCCCUGGAGACAACUCAUCUCAUAUACAAAGAAUACCCAACAACAGAGAGAGUAAAAGAAAUGAAGAAAACAAAAGUUCUUCGAGGUCGACGAUCUUUCCAUAUGCAUAUGAGCGGAAUAAAGAUCCACGUUCAAGAUACAUACCUCUUAUUCCGGAAGAAGAGAUGGGAAGAUUUCCCACUUUUUAUAAAGAUGAUCAAUAACUAAAGAUAUCAGGAAUUCAAAUCUUUUUUUAUUCAUGCUGUUAAAAGUAUUUUCUUGGGAUAUAACUUUAAUAAAGUCUAUGAGUAUUAAUAAGUAUACUGUGACAUCGAGGAAUAUUUAAAUAAUGACUUUCAAUGUAAAUUGGUGAACUUUAAAGAUUUCAAUAUUUUUGUAAUAAAUAUUAAAUAAAAAAUAUGUUGACUACACUAAGAAAAAUUUAUUUAUAUCAAAUAUAUGAAUAAAUAUUUUGGGGAAACAAGAAAUGCUAAAAAAUAGUAAACAAAAAUAAGUACACCAAGGUUAAGAGAAUUGAAUAUUUGAGAAAACUUUUCAAAUCCAUGACAAACUCUACAAUUAUCUCAGCGUGAUAUUCAAUAAUCUUGUAUAACAAAAUUAUGAAUCAUUGAAUAGUUCGAAUUAAAUAUAACGAUAAAACACGAGGAAAAAUCUGAGAUAGUUAAUUUCGUUUAUUAAUAAGAAAAAUACUAAAGUGAUUCCGAUGUAAAAAAAUAGGAUUAGAUAUCAAUUGUUUAAA